AUGCGUAUCCUGGUGAACCUCCUGCUAGACACUCUACCCAUGCUAGGCAACGUGCUGCUGCUCUGCUUCUUCGUCUUCUUCAUCUUCGGCAUCAUCGGCGUGCAGCUGUGGGCGGGGCUACUGAGGAACCGCUGCUACCUAGAGGAGAACUUCACCCUCUCUUCAGGUAUGACCCCCCCUGCCCCGUACUACCAGCCAGAGGAGGACGAUGAACGCCCCUUCAUCUGCUCCCUGCCAUCUGAUAAUGGCAUCAUGUCAUGUUCUGAUGUGCCGGCGAGGCGCGAAGGAGGACGCACAUGCUGUCUAGACAGGGAGGACGCGCUCCACAGACAGUCUCUGGGCCUGAGUCCUGAGCCACUGGCCAACAGUAGUGGUGCAGGCGAAGCAAUUGGUUUGUGCAUCAACUGGAACCAGUAUUACACUCGAUGCCACACAGGAAACAGUAACCCCCACAAAGGUGCCAUCAACUUUGACAACAUUGUCUACGCCUGGAUUGUAAUUUUUCAGGUCAUCACUCUGGAAGGCUGGGUGGAGAUCAUGUAUUAUGUAAUGGAUGCCCAUUCCUUCUACAACUUCAUCUACUUCAUUUUACUCAUCAUUAUUGGUUCUUUCUUCAUGAUCAACCUGUGCCUGGUGGUUAUCGCCACCCAGUUCUCAGAGACCAAACAGCGGGAGCACCAGCUGAUGCAGGAGCAAAGGGCACAAUGCCUGUCCUCCUCCACCCUGGCCAGCAUGGCCGAGCCAGGAGAUUGUUAUGAGGAGCUCUUCCAGCUGGUCUGCCACGUCCUCCGCAAGGCUAAGAGGAGAUCGGCAGCUCUCUACUACACGCUGAGGGGCAAGCCUCCGCCAGCCGGCGGAGGCAGGGGUAACAGGCGUGGUGGGGGGAAUGUGAACGGAGAGCGGCAUCAUUCCAGGCACCCAAGAUCAUCGCACUGUCCGCACCAAAGCAAGCAAGACCACGACUCUCAGCCACUUGCCAACUCCAUCAGCUUGGCUGUCCCUCAGAGUCCCGAGGACUGCCCUAUGUGUGCAUUAUCACUGAAAGAGGGGGCGAGGGCUGCGGGAUCCUCCGCCAACGGGGAGGAAGAUGAGGAGGACACAGUGAAAGAGACGGGCAAAGAGGAAAACCAUCUAGAGGAGAAGGGAGAUGGAGAGAGGAGGAGGAAGAGGACAUGCUUUGGACAUUGCAAAGACAUUUGGAAUGAUAUGAGGAGGAAACUUUGGGGCAUUGUGGAGAGCAAGUACUUCAGCAGGGGCAUUAUGAUCGCAAUUCUCAUCAACACCAUCAGUAUGGGCAUCGAGCAUCACAACCAGCCCGAUGAGCUGACCAAUAUCCUGGAGAUCUGCAACAUUGUCUUCACCAGCAUGUUCACACUGGAGAUGAUCCUAAAGCUGACCGCAUUUGGCUUCUUUGAGUACCUGAGGAACCCCUAUAACAUCUUUGAUGGCAUCAUCGUCAUCAUCAGCGUGUGUGAGAUUAUCGGCCAGGCAGACGGCGGCCUGUCAGUGCUGAGGACCUUCAGGCUGCUGAGGGUCAUUAAGCUGGUGAGGUUCAUGCCUGCACUGAGGCGGCAGCUGGUGGUGCUGAUGAAGACUAUGGACAACGUGGCCACUUUCUGUAUGCUGCUCAUGCUCUUCAUCUUCAUCUUCAGUAUCCUGGGAAUGCAUAUCUUCGGUUGUAAGUUCAGUCUGAAAACAGAGGCAGGAGACACGGUGCCUGACAGGAAGAACUUUGACUCCCUGCUCUGGGCUAUCGUCACUGUCUUUCAGAUUCUGACUCAGGAGGACUGGAACAUGGUGCUGUACAAUGGCAUGGCAUCCACCUCGCCCUGCGCUGCUCUUUACUUUGUAGCUCUAAUGACAUUUGGAAACUAUGUGCUCUUCAAUUUACUGGUUGCCAUCUUGGUUGAGGGUUUCCAAGCUGAGGGCGAUGCAAACCGCUCUUACUCUGAAGAUGAUAGGUCUUCCUGUAAUUUUGAGGAAAAUGACAAGCAGAAAGACUCUCUGCAUCUAUCAGACCCAAAGAUCUGUACACUAACUCCUAAUGGGCACCUGGACCUGUCCCCACCGCCCCCGGGUCUGUUUCCGGGAGAGAGGUUGACCUUUUCUCUCGGCUCCAGGAAGAACAGUGUUAUUUCCCUUGGCAGGGCCAACCUGGAGCAGAGGGUUGGGUAUCCAGGUCGAGGUUACCACAACUGGGGCCGCCCACUGCCUCCCCAUCCGCAGGGCUUGUGGGCCCGUCGUUCCAGCUGGAGCAGCCUGGGAGGAUGCCGCCCUUGCUCCUCCUCCUCUCCCUCCGCUAGUCCAUCCUUCACCCCCACCUCUGCAAGGCCCUUCUAUGGCUACGACUUGGGAGGUCUUGGAGGAGUGGUUGGAGGAAGCCUUCGCAUCCGGGGUCCCCGUGCCUCUUCAUCCCCACACCGCCACCUCCACCACCAUGUCCACCCAGAUGAAGAGGAGUCUCUCCUCUCUCCUCCUGCUGUUGCUCCACGCCCUCGUCACCUUCCCCAUCCUAUGCUGCCGGGCCACUUUGUACCCAGGAGGGACCGCAGGGCUCUAUCGCUAGAGCUGCCCCACAUGCUGCAGGUCCCAGGACCCCAGCACCCUCCGCUGCCGCCACACCACCCGCUGCGGCCGAUGACGCUCCAUGCUCACCACAGGAAGAAGAGCUUCUCGGGAGGGAUAGACAGUCUGGGUGGCUUAGGAGGGGUACACCAAGACUGCAAUGGGAAGACUCCUCUGUCUCAGCUUCUCCAACCCCCUCCUAGACACCCGACUGAGCAGGCUGGAGGGGCGAACCCCCAGGGCCAAAUGAUGGCUGAAGUCUUCCCCCAGGUUAACACACGCAGCAAGGACCGGGAGGAUCUGGAUGAUGACAUUGACUAUAGCUUGUGUUUCCGCAUCCAGAAGAUGUUGGAAGCGUACAGACCGGACUGGUGUGAGACCAGAGAGGACUGGUCUGUCUUCCUGUUCUCCCCACAGAACAAGUUCAGACAGAUGUGCCAGUCCAUCAUAGCCCAUAAGCUAUUUGACUAUGUGGUGUUGGCCUUCAUCUUCUCCAACUGCAUCACAGUAGCUCUGGAGAGGCCCAAGAUACUACAGGGCAGCCUGGAAAGAGUCUUUCUCACCAUCUCCAACUACAUCUUUACUGCCAUCUUUGUCAGCGAGAUGACACUCAAGGUGGUCUCCAUGGGUCUGUAUGUGGGGGAACAGGCCUAUCUGCGGAGCAGCUGGAACAUUCUGGACGGCUUCCUGGUUUUUGUGUCUUUAAUUGACAUUGUCGUGUCCAUGGCGGGUGGGGCCAAGAUCCUGGGUGUGCUUAGAGUACUCAGGCUGCUCAGAACAUUGCGUCCACUCAGGGUGAUUAGCAGAGCUCCAGGUCUGAAGCUGGUGGUGGAGACCCUCAUCACCUCCCUCAAGCCCAUUGGCAACAUUGUCCUCAUCUGCUGUGCAUUCUUCAUCAUCUUUGGCAUUCUUGGGGUACAGCUGUUUAAAGGCAAGUUCUUCUACUGCUUCGGUCCUGAUGUCAAAAAUAUCACCAACAAGUCUGACUGUCUGCAAGCCAACUACAAGUGGGUCCACCAUAAGUACAACUUUGACAACCUUGGACAGGCUCUGAUGUCCCUGUUUGUACUCGCCUCCAAGGACGGCUGGGUCAACAUCAUGUAUCACGGCCUGGAUGCUGUGGGUGUGGACCAACAGCCGGUGACAAACAACAACCCAUGGAUGCUGCUGUAUUUCAUCUCCUUCCUCCUCAUCGUUAGCUUCUUUGUCCUCAACAUGUUUGUCGGCGUGGUGGUGGAGAACUUCCACAAGUGCCGUCAGCACCAGGAGGUGGAGGAGGCCAAGAGGCGCGAGGAGAAGCGUCAGCGGCGCAUGGAAAAGAAGAGGAGAAAAGCCCAAAAGCUGCCCUACUAUGCCAGCUAUGGCCACAUACGUCUGAUGAUCCACACACUGUGCACAAACCACUACCUGGACCUCAUCAUUACCUUCAUCAUCUGCAUCAACGUCAUCACCAUGUCCUUAGAGCACUACAGUCAACCUCGCUCUCUGGAUCUUGCCCUGAAGUACUGCAACUACUUCUUCACCUCCACUUUUGUGCUGGAAUCAGUACUCAAACUCAUCGCCUUCGGCUUUCGCCGCUUCUUCAAAGAAAGGUGGAACCAGUUGGACCUUGCCAUUGUGCUUCUGUCGGUGAUGGGUAUCACCCUGGAGGAGAUUGAGAUCAGCGCUGCACUGCCCAUCAACCCCACAAUCAUCCGGAUCAUGAGAGUACUGAGAAUAGCACGAGUGCUGAAGCUGCUGAAGAUGGCGACAGGAAUGAGAGCCCUUUUGGAUACGGUGGUCCAAGCCCUGCCUCAGGUGGGUAACCUGGGCCUGCUCUUCAUGCUGCUGUUUUUCAUCUACGCCGCCUUAGGAGUAGAGCUUUUUGGAGAACUUGUUUGCAAUGCAGACUACCCCUGUGAGGGUAUGAGUCGUCACGCUACCUUUGAGAACUUUGGCAUGGCCUUCCUUACCUUGUUUCAAGUCUCCACGGGCGACAACUGGAAUGGAAUAAUGAAGGACACAUUGCGGGAGUGCCCACCAGACCACAACACCGACGUGGACUAUGCCUGCAAUCCUAGCCUUCAGUUUAUAUCGCCCAUGUACUUUGUCUCCUUCGUGCUCACCGCCCAGUUUGUGCUCAUCAACGUGGUAGUCGCUGUGCUGAUGAAGCACCUGGACGACUCCAACAAGGAGGCCCAAGAGGAGGCGGAGAUGGAUGCAGAAAUUGAGCUGGAGCUGGCCCAGGGCACCCUCUGUUGCAUGGGCGCCCCCGGCUGCGGGGGUGCGAGGAUGGACAAGGGACUAGUCGUGGCUGGUUCAGGGCCUGGAGGCACAGCAGGGGGAAAGGAAAGAGGAGGCGCGAGAGGAGAGAAGGGAGAAAGCAUGAGGAAGAUGCGACAUGCAGCAGCCACUGCGCACCCUGGAGCGUACAACUUCCGUGACUCUAGCCGGACCCUGUACUCACCAGCACAAGUGAGUGUGUGUAUUUCUGUGUGUGCAGUGCCAAUAUUCUCAUGUUUGUUUCCUGAUAGU